AUGUCGCCUAUUGAUGGGUUCAAUAGACCGCUUGCUCCAAAUGUGCCGCAAUUACCAUCUGGUGCAGUUGUUUUGGAGUCUGUAGCAAUAUCAGACUCGGGUCGGUACACCUGUUCGGCCCUUAAUGAAAUAAAUGAUGAAGUCGCAGCGACAACUCUUGCAUUUAGUCUUCAGGUUUACAGGCCCGAGCAAAGAGAACCGCCAAGAUUUCUUCAACCUCUGCGAUCUUUAUACACUGUCGCAGCAGGAACUCGAGUUCUUCUGGAAUGUGUCGGUGUCGGUGAACCUCAACCAAGUGUUCAAUGGUCUAAGCAGGGUGCAAUUAUUGGGCAAGCAGAUAACAGUAAAGAUGGAACUCAUCACCAAAGAAAUGAUAACAAAUAUACUGGAUUAGAUCCCAUUCAAAUUGGAAACGGAAAAUAUAGAUCAUCUUCGGAUCUUUAUGAGACUUCCGAUCAAAUGAUGGGUAAUGGCGCGGAUGGAAGAACUUUCAACAUGCCGCGAAUUUUAAUCACUGAAUACGGAUUAUUAAUUGAAAAUGCUACACUUCAAGAUACUGGGUUAUAUGAAUGCGCUUUGAUUGAUCCAUCAAGAAGAUACCCGCCUGUCAAACAACAGAUUCGACUAGAUGUUGAAUCUGCACCGGAGUUUCCUGAGAGCUCAUUAAUCCCAAACUCUCAACCACAAUUUAAUUUAUCUCUUUUUGCCGAGGAAGGAUCUCGCAUUGAUUUACAUUGUUCAGCUUUUGGCGUACCGCCUCCGAAGAUCUAUUGGAUGCUAAAUGCUAGACCAGCUGAAACCGAACCAGGGGUCACUGUGGAGAAGGGUUGGAUGAUUAUAGACCCUGUAUCCAGAGCACAUGCUGGUGCUGUGCAAUGCUUCGCAUCGAACAAAGUUGGGGAACGUUAUCGCGCUGGUGUAUUAAGAGUUUCUGUUGCUGAAGUGACUGGUGAAGCAGAAACUGAUAAUAAGAACGCUGAAGGAAUUAAUGGAACAAUAGGGAAGAUGGGUCAUAGACAAUAUGCAGAACCAUCUGAUGGAAAAAGUCUUCCACAUCAUAGGAUGGCUGAUGAUAGACAUCAGGGUGGCAAUCGAUCAAGUGGUACCCCAAAGAAAGGACAUCGCGGCAAAGAAGGCCGUGGAAGAGGCAGGGGUCGUGAUAAGAAACGAAACAAGAAUGUUAUGAUUCCUCCAUCAAGACCAAAUGUUACCCGACUUACAGAUGAAUCUGUAAUGGUUCGGUGGUCAGUGCCAGACAACGAUGGACUUGAAAUUUAUUUUUUCAAGGUGCAAUAUAGGGAUUUAACAGCGUCUUCGCAAACCCAUCAAAGAACUCAUCCGCGCAAAGGAUGGAUAACAACUAAUGACGAAAUACCACCGCACAUAAGAAGCUAUGAAGUUAAUAACCUUGAACCUGAUCAUGUUUAUAGGUUUCACAUAGCAGCUGUAUAUUCCAAUAAUGAUAAUAUGCAAGGACCAAAUUCAGAAAAAUUCCAUCUGCAACGUGGUGAAUUUCUUGGUAAGAGAUUGCUACCUGCUCCGAUACUAAUACGAACUGAAACUUUGGGACCCACCGUCAUACAAAUUCAUUGGCAGUAUAUUCCAGACCCAACACGACCAGCUGAUGGAUUUUACUUAUACUUCCGUCCAGCUUCAACAGCUGGGGAAUAUGUCAAAGAAACGGUAGAUGGCGAAAGGUCUCGGGUUCAUCGCAUCGAGCAUUUAACUCCUGAUACUACAUAUGAGGUCAAAGUGCAGAGUUUUACUGCUGAUGGAGCAUCAGAUUUUUCAGCGAUUUUAACUCAAAGGACCAUGAAACAACCAACUGAGCCCCCCACUCCUAUGGUAAUACUUGAUCACAGACCGUCAUCAGCAGCAUCAGCGUCUGCUUCUUCCGGUUCAUCUGUAGUUAACAUGAAUGAGACUAUGGACAAAGAUAAAAACCGCCAAGGUGAUUCAUCAUCUGGAGCAUUGGCCGUAGGCGGAGGAACUGCUGGCGGUUUAGCUGCUGUUCUGGUGUUAGGUGCUGCUGCAAUUUAUGCCUUGCGAAAGAAAAAGAGAGAAAAGAAUGAGAGAGAUCACAGUGAGCGAGACGAGGGAGAUGAAGAUGGCAGGAUAUCGAGUGAUAAUAAAGAUGGUGAUUUUGCCAACAUACAAGAUAAACAAGAGGGUCAUAUUUCAGAAUCUAAUGGUUAUAUAACAGCAAGCGCUAUUAAUCCACAUAAUAGUUACCAGUUGAAAACUGUUCAAAUCACCGCCAAUGGAUGUGCAAGAGUUAAUAUUACAUCUAAUCCGCUGGCUGAAGAACAAUCUGAUAAAAAUGCAAGCGUGACACUGACCGAGCUCGAGAUGGAAAUGUCCUUGCUCUCCCAGAACAACAACAUGUCUGGUAGUUCUUCCGGAAGUGCUGCCAACAAUAGUGAUUCGAUGGAUAAACGACAAUAUAGUGGCGCAGCAUGUCCAGGCCAUGGCCAACCAUCUCUUCACAAGAAAAUGAUGAGAAAUGGCGGACUUCAGGUAUCAAGGAGAAACGAAGUGAAUAUGAAUAGCAACAGCAGUAUCGAAAACUAUGUGUGA